AUGUUGCAGAUCAACAAGGUUCAGGGACAGAGGCAAGUGGGUUCCGGGCUGCACGUUACCCAUCUGUUCAGCAAGUUGCUGGACAAAUGGGGAGAUGUCAUGGCGAUUCAAACUGCAGAGCCGAUGAUCGCCUUAGGGAAGGGGAAAAACAGCGCGAAAGAAAUUCGGAGUAUGCUGGAGUCGACCAGCAGGGCCUUCUUCGACCUGCAAGGAGUCCAGCUCCGUCCCGCCCUGGAUGCAUUCAUGACGACCCAUGAGGCUCGAGUGGUGGAGAGUGCACCGGAAUGGUCUGGGAAUACCAUGGAGCCGGCGGCACAUAACAAAUCUGAAGCGGUAGAGGGACAGAGAGACGUACCUGCCGCAAACCGGGACGCAAAUCCAAGAGUGGGGGAAAUUUCAUAUUCCCGCCGACCUGCACCGGGGGGUGCACUACUGAGUGACCCGACAUCAAGGUCAGCCCGUGCAGACGAGCGUGUUAAGUCUGGAGUUAGGCAGCUCAGGUUUGCUGAUCGGAUUAGGAGGCCGCCGCAACGCGAAGCACGGACGGAGACCGACUUGGCAAGUGUAGCAAAUGAAGGCGAGGAGGGUGUAGAAGAUCCACAGCUGCCAAGUCAGGUCGAACAGGCAGAGGAGCAGUGGAGGAAGGCGGCUGAUGACAAGCGAAUGGCCGAAGCAGAAGCCAAGAGGAGACGGGCUGAAGAGAGGCAACGGCGCCGUGAUGGCGACACCGAUCCUACCGUCUCUUUCCCGGGAACUGGAGACAUACGUGAAGCAUGGGAGCAUGGGGCACGAGCCGCUGCAAGGGCACACGUGGGAGAGGCAGGAGAGGAGCUCGCCAGUAAUGUGCAGCAGCAUAUCAAGGAGGAUAGGGGAUACGUGAAAGUUCGCUUGCCCAGCGUAAAGCGGAAGGCGGCAGAAGAGGCCCGGAGAGGGGACGUCGACGUGGCAGAGAAUUCGGGAGAGGCGAAAAGGAAGGCGCAGAGCAACGCGGGUGCAAAGGCUCAUAAGAUGGCGGAGGUAGAGGCGGACCAGAAUGCAGAGGAUACGGCCCAUCGUGCGGAGGCAGUCGCGCGUAAAGAAGCGGGUGCAGCAGCAGAGCUAACGUCGGAGGCACUCGAGCUGCAGGUGGUGGAGGCAGUGGCACAGAAGGAAUCAGAGGCAACGGCGAGCCAAAAGGAUGAAGUAGCGGCGCAGCAGAAUGAUGAGGCAGACGCACACAAGGAAUCAGCGGCAGCAGCGCAGCAAAAGGAUGAGGGUGCGGCGCCCAGGAUGGUUGAGGCAGAGGCGCAGAAGGAAUCAGAGGCAGGGGCACAGCAGAAGGAGGAGGGUGCGGCGCCGAAGAUGGUUGAGGCAGAGGCACAAAAGGAAUCAGAGGCAGUGGCGCAGCAGGAGGAGGGUGCGGUGCCGAAGGUGGUUGAGGCAGAGGCGCACAAGGAAUAA